AUGACUGAACCACUCUCCAAGGUCGACUCUGCCGUCGAGGGUCUCUCUGGCUCGCCCCCCAAGGAGAAGGCCAAGCGUAGAGCGAGUUCCCACGUUCCCGGCGUGUACAACAUUCUUGACCUCGAGGAAGAGAAGACUGAGAUUGAGCUUGCGCCAGAGACGCAAAAAACAGGAUGGAAGAUCAACACGAGCUCCGGCACUGUCGAGGACAAGGACAUCCUCAAGCUGCACCUCACAAAGCCACCAGUCAAGCGGAUCGACCUCCACUUCCCACUGGGCAUGGAGGUGACGGCAAGGAACCUCAAGGGCGUCACCAUCAAGGACGCCAUGGACGCUAUUCACAAGGCGUACAAGAAGAAGUCGGAUGACGAGCUUGACAACCCCUACCUCAAGGGCUUCGAGUGGGACAAGGAGGAGUCGUGGACCCGCCUCGUCGUGCACCUGCAAAAGGACGCCGGCCUGCCAGCGGGCGGCGGCAAGAAGAAGAAGAGCAAGAAGGAGGAGGAGUGA